AUGAGUCGUCGAAUCGUCUCCGGUGUCUGUCACCCGGCAAAACAGAAAAAUGACGACUUUGCGGCUCUCCGUCGGCUGUCACCUGAUAGAGAGGAGUUGGAUGGAGGUGGGGCGCGUGUUAGGGAGCUUCAUCCUCAGGUCCGCGCAACAAGAGGAGGCUCUUCAUCGCAUCUGGUAUGCUCUCAAGAGGUGGCGACUCGUCUCCUGGCAGAUAGUCCUCUUCUCGAUGACGGCUUGUUCGUCGAUCAAUUGGAGAUGAGUUACUCGAUAGAUUCACGAUCCUUUUAUCACGAAUCGUUCAACAAUUUUAGUAACAAUGCUCCGCGAAUCGCGUUGAUGAGAUUUUCGCCGAUGAUCUAGUGAUUUUGGUUGCUUAAUCUUUCACCGGCGAUCUGUAGGAAAGUUGUGAUAAUCAGAUAAAAAAUAUGAAUUUUGGCUCUAGGAGGAUUCAAACCAGCGCCGGUUGCCCGCCCCUUCUGGGGAAGGUGUGAUGCGGGUUUAGUCUCACAUCGUUUGUGCGCCAAAUUUUCGGGUGAAUAUAUAGUAAUGUUACAUUUCAAAGCAAGUCCCUUUCUCGCGCGUGUAUGACCACUCCUUGCCCCACAGCCAGUUGGCCACUAGUGACGUGGAAGGGGAGUGGCACACACGUGCCCCCAUCGGUUCAAGCCUCUCGAGCCCCUGGUCGUGGCUCAUGCCUGACUGUGCUUCCGACCCGCUUGCGGGUCCGGCUGGUUGGCAGGUCCCCCCCAUUUUGCUAUUUUUAUUUUAAUUUCUUUUUCUUCAUUUAUCUCAAAAGUAAGACAAUAAAAAUCAUAUAAAACCGUAUAAAAUCACAUAAUUAUCCAAAAAUUCACGUUAAUCAAUUGACAACCACUUUUCACACUUUAACACAAAUAUAAGUCUAUUUAUCAUGAGUUAAGGCUAAAAUUAUAUUAUUUACUAAUUAUUAACUCAUGAUAAUGAAGACUUAUUAGUAGUCAAAUGACGACGAAGCCGAAGAUGUGAGAGGAGGAGCUGACGAGGGAGAAAUUGAACAAGUAGGAAGAAUAGGAGAAUGAUCUACAAUGAUCACCACAAGAUGAAAACCAGGUGGUGAAGAUGCAACGAAUUGAGAAGGAGUUGAUGCUGGAGAAAAGAAGGGAGACUCCUCAUGAAAAAUAAUAUCAGUUGAUGUCACAUAGUGAUGAGUAUCAAGAAAAUAGACUUGAUAACCUUUUUGCAUUCGUGAGUAGUCAACAAAGACCCUUUUGAGAGUACAAAGGGCUAAUUUAGAAAGAUAAAAAGAGUGGUCUUAAAUGAAAGUAGUGCAACUAAAGAUGUGAGGGGGUAAGAAAAAAAGAGAAGAAUCAGGUGAAAGACAAUGAAGUAGAAUUACUCUACCAAGUGGAGUGGAAGGAGGCUGAUUCUAGAGAUGUGUGGCUCUCAGGAGAGCAUCAUACCACAGAUAAUGACAAUUAUUUAUCUCAAUGAGUAAUGUGUGAGUAAUGUCACGUAGUUGACAAUAUUUUCAUUUGGCAACAUCAUUUUGUUGGGAUGUGUAUGGACAUGUGGUCUGAUGAAUAAUACCAUGAUUAAGAUAAAAUGUGUAAAAUGAGUCUUAGACCAGCUUCAAAGCAUUAUUGGUGCGAAGAAUCUUGGACGUAUUAGAGUACUAAGUGAUGACCUCGGUAAUAAAGUGAACAACUUUGAUGUAAACUUGAGUACGAUCUUAAAGAAGAUAGACCCAACUCACCUGAGUGUAGUCAUCAAUAAACACAAUGUAGUAGCGAUGGCUCGAGAUAGAUGGAGUAUGAGAGGGCCCCCAAAUAUUACAAUGAAUGAGGUCAAAGGGUGUUGUGGAUGGAAUCUUGUCACAACUCAAGUAUGAACCAUGAUGUUGUUUGCCUAAUUGACAUGACUUGUACAUAAAUUUAUUAAGAGAAAUCUAAUGCAAGAUUUUUUAAUUUUUUUUAAAACAAAGAUGUCCUAAAUGACAAUGUCACAAGAGAUGAAGUGACCAUAAAGAAAACAAAAAGAGUCUAAUGGUCAUAAGAAGGUUCAUUGUAAAUUAGCUCAAAGACAUCUUGUCCAUUCUCAUGCCCCAAACCAAUCCUUUGCCUGAUAUACAGAUCCUAAAAGGUACAAUGAAAAGAAAAAAAUGUAACGGAGCAAAGAAUGACUUGGAUAAUGAUUGAUAAGUCUUCGUUAUCAUGAGUUAAUAAUUAGUAAAUAAUAUAGUUUUAGCCUUAACUCAUGAUAAAUAGACUUAUACUUGUGUUAAAGUGUGAAAAGUGGUUUUCAGAGUGAGUCCUUUGUCACUCGAGCCCAACUUGUGACUCCCUCAGUCUGGUUCUACCCACUCGACCACAGCCCCCCUCUAGGUCAGCUGCUGAGUGCCGGCUUGCUAGCAAAUGGAAUGUUUUUAUACUUUAUUCUUUAUAUUUUUAAAUAAUCUAAAAUUACACAGUAUUUUAACUUCGGACUUCUAAAAUUAACAAAAUAUCUUAUAUUUAUUUUGCAAGUUAACAAAAUUAAAUAAAAUAAUAAAACUAAUUUAAACUCAAAAAGCUAACUUUAAUAAUAAUCAAUAAUAUUUAUUUCACUAGAUAAUAGUUGAUAAUUAUAUUUAUAUCUAUGACAGUGAUACAUGUGAGAACUUAAGUUCUCGAUAUCGUGGCACUUUGCUUGUCAUGUCAUCUUUCUUUUUCUGGUCACAUGGUGCAUUGGGCAUCGCAUGAUCAAGCCAUCAUGAACUACUUACUGUGAAACAAGGAAAAAACUUUAGCCCCACAUUAGAUUUUUCAUAAUAUAAUAUAAUAAUAUUAUAUAUUGAUUUUAAAGAAAUAAAUACAUUAGCUCCUCUAGUUUCUACCUUUCUAAAUUAACUAUAUAAAGCUACAUUUCCUUCUAUGAACUAAAAUGAUAAACUAAAAUAAAAUAAAUUAAGGACUAAAAAUCAAGUAUUAGCACUAAUGGAAUGCAUUAUUAUCUAAAUAUAAGUGCAACAUAACAAGUGUCAACAUGUGUGAUAAAGUCUCACAUGUAUUUUGAAAAAUCAAAGUCAUCAGCGAUAUUUGAACACGGCACCUAAACGAUGUAAAGAAAAAAACAUCAAUGCGAAAAAUGUCUGAAAUAUUUAAGACUCAUAAUGACACACAUGCGAUUCAAACUCAAGAAGCAAUCUUUAAGGAAGAUGAAAAAAUUACAGCUGAAUCGUUCAAAUUAAAGUAUAGACGGAAUUUGAAAUCAAGAGUAGUAUAGUGACAAUGUGAAAAGUUGAUCAAAAUAUUCAAAGUAAAAAUAUGUGAUUAGUGACUAAAAGAAGACUCAAACUCAAGUCCCACAUGGCAUUUGAGUUAGACCAUUCGCACAAAGUAGAGAAAGAGGUAGAUAAGUUGUCACCACAUAAUCUAGAUGGUGACAUGUUAGAGCCAUACAUGGAGAAAAUAACAAAGUAGAAAUGACCAAACAUCAACCUAUGAUAACACAAAAACUUCAAAGCAAGAUCAUUUGUUGAAAUAACACAAAUCUGUAAACAAAAGCUUCAAACACCACUAAAUGCUUGCAUGUUCAUACAUUCUUAUACUAUUAUCUAAGUUCUAUUUUUUGAUAUCUGAUUAAAUUCUAUAGAUUAAUCCCACUUGACUGCUUUGAAGUAUUCAAAUAUUCAAAAAAUAUUCAAGAACCAGGUCAAUGGAGAGCCCAAAGACUUGAUAACAGCCCAAAAGAGUAAUGGGCCUAGCAUAGCUAGGUUCAAGGUGUGUCUCACAGUCCAGGGUUCACUCAUUGGAGCGACCAGGCAGGAACCACAUCCCAAGGUCCACUCACCAGAGUGAUCAGGCGGGAACUAUAGUCUAGGGUCCGCUCACUAGAGUGACCAAGUAGGAACCACACCGCAAGGUCCGCUCACCAAAAUGACCAGGCGGGAACCACAUCCUAUGGUCCACUCACUAGAGCAACUAAGCGGGAACCACACCCAAGGCUCACAUGCCGGAGCGAUCAAGCGGAACCUCCCAGAACCUCGAGUACUGUAAUCAAAGCUAAAAGUGUCUAAAAAGAUCUUGAGAAGAGCUGAUGACACUAGUCUUGAGAAGGGCUGGCCGUAGGACAAACCCUCACGGAUCCCUCUCCCCUUCUUCGAGAUUGAAUGAAGUUUUCUUCAGCAUAUCUUGAGUGAUCGAGAGAAGAGUGCAUGGAGCAUGCUAGGCUCACCAUGAAAGGAGGCACACUCAUCUAGAGAUGAUUAGAGCCCGGGGUUGAUGAAAAAGAGCCUACAGUGAGUGUUCAAUCCUAGUGCAUCACAAUUGCCUCUUGGCUUCAGCACUAGAUAGGAGUAGGAAUUAAAUUUUAGGGUAGGGAUUAGUUCUUUUUCCUCACAAACCCAUCACCUCACGUUUCCCCCAAAUUUCUACUCCUAGAUCUCAAGAUUUUCUCUAGAUUUAGAAACUCUUCUAUCUCCCUACCUCAGACCUUCAUCUCUUAUUAUCUCACCCUCAUUCGUCACCAUAAAUCAACUCUCAACCCUACUCUAAGGCCGGAUCCUGGUGGAUACGACCCUAACUGACCAUAUAUACUCAAAAUUGAUUAGAAGUUAGGUUUAUAAAUGUUUUAAUUAAUACCAACUUAAGGGCCCAUGAGACCUUAAGUAUUGGAUUAUUAGAGAGACAUGAUGCUUUGAAGCAAAUAGAGACUCAAGGUUAACCUCUCACACUCUAGACGGUAGCACAUCAUCAUUGUUUGUGGGCUAAACAACAUACUCAAUGAUAAUAUCCUAUAUUGACCCUGAAGACAAGUAUGCAUGUUGAUCAAUUGAUUAUCUUCAGACACUAUAUCAAAGAUAGCAUAGCUACAAGCUAGAAGAUUUGAGCCGAAGUAUCACUGAAGAUUAGAAGCCUAGAUUAUAGAUAGUAACUCAUUAGUAGAAGAUGUGGAUUAAAGAAAAGUCAAACGACUUCCUCUGAGCAUGACCCUGAAAGAAGAAAUGUUCAUAGAUCAGGUGUGAAUCUUCAUACAAGAUAUCAUAGACAAGUAUUACCAAAGUAGACGGCUUAGAAAUAAAAAGUAACUAAAGGUCACUAAAAUGCUAAUCGAGCAAUGGUAAUAUGUGGAGUGAACUGAGAAUAGAAGAAGCUAACGUUAAAUGAAAAAAUCUUUAUUCACAUCACUCACACAAGUAAGAUAAGAAAUUUUAGUCAAUCCUCUACAAUAAAACAAUUGCAUUUUUUAAGGAAUUAAAGCUUCAUCAUAUUCAAUCAUUUGUGACAACAUAUGAAUCAAAUAACUACAUUGAAGGUUGUCUUUCUCUAUUAGGCCCUAAGGUAUUGAUAAGUCUUCAUUAUCAUGAGUUAAUAAUUAGUAAAUAAUAUAGUUUUAGCCUUAACUCAUGAUAAAUAGACUUAUAUUUGUGUUAAAGUAUGAUUUGUGAUUUUCAGUUGAUUAACGUGAAUUUUUGGGUAAUUAUGUGAUUUUAUAUGAUUUUUACAGUCUUACUUUUGAGAUAAAUGAAGAAUAAGAAAUAAAAAUAAAAAUAUUGCAAAAUGGGGGGACCCGCAAGCGGGUCGGAAGCGUAGUCGGGGAGUAGCCGCGAGCAGGGGCUCGAGCGGCUUAAGCUUGGACCGAUAGGGUCACGUGCGCACCACUCCCCUUCCACGUCACCGGUGGCCAGCCGGCUGUAGGGCAAGAAGUGGUCGUACACGCGAGAGAAGGGACUUUGUUUAGAAAGCUAACAUUACUAUAUAUUCGCCUGAAAAAUCGGCGCACAACCGAUGUGGGACUAAACCCGCGUCACACCUUCCUCAGAAGGGGCGGACAACUGGCACGGGUUCGAAUCUUCCCAGAGUCAAAAUUCAUAUAUUUUUAUCUGAUUAUCGCGACUUUCCUACAGAUCGUCGAUGAAGGAUUAAGCAACGAGAAUCGCUGGAUCAUCGGCGAAAAUCUCGUCAACGCGAUUCGCGGAGCAUUGCUACUAAAAUUGCUGAAUGAUUCAUGAUAAAAGGAUCACGAAUCCAUCGAGUAAAUCAUCUCUGAUUGAUCGACUAACAAGCCGUCGUCGGGAAGAGGACGAUCCACCGGGAGACGAGUCGCCAUCUCCUGAGAGCGUACCAGAUGCGAUGAAGAGCCUCCUCUUGCUACGCGGACCUGAGGAUGAAGCUCUCUGACACGCGCCCCACCUCCAUCCAGCUCCUCUCCGUCGGGUGACAGCCGCCGGAGAGCCACAAAGUCGCCGUUUUUCCGCUCCGCCAGGUGACAGCCGCUAGAGACGACUCGACGACCCAUUUCAUUAAUCUCUAGACUUCGCGAGAAGAUCUAGAGAUUGCCCACGUCGUCUUUGCCCAAGGAGAGCCUUCGAGGCCGUGGACACUACACGACGAUCCUGCCAAACGUUCAGGAUUCCGGUGCAUCGCCGACGCAUCACCGUCGCGACACCGGAACUCUGUUUUCCUGCUUUCAAACUUACUUUACGCUUCAUUUAGUGAUAGUUUUUGUGUUUUUAAUUUACCAAAAUAUACUUUGUUCUAUUAUGAUUCUUUCGGCUUUUACAGAUCUUAAUUUGAUUAAUUAAAUCAUCUGUAAUCGCUUACGUAAGAAUAGUCAGGCGGAACUCUGUUUCUGCCCGAUUCGCGUUCGCUAGGCGCUGACGUCAUCCUGACGCCUGCACCCUUAUUUCCCUUUUUUGUGAAUUUUAAAUAUAUUUUCUUUUUAUUUCCUAGUAUAAAAGUCAUAGAAAAUCGUAUUUAUUGAGAAAAAUUCUGAAUAAUUACCAGAUAUUAUAUUACAUCCCUGUGAUCGACUUGGAAAAUUACUGCUAUUUUUGGAAGUUUUAUUGAAUUAUAAUUGAUAUAUUUAUUCAGAAAUACUUUUAAAUAUCCGAAAAUUCGUAUUUUCUAGUUUUAUAAAUUUUAUAUUUGCGUGAAUUAAUAUACAACGACUGAGUCACGUCAGAUCACUUUUAGGAUCUUUAAUCAUUACAGCCCCAUGAUCAUAUGUCUCUUCCACCACAUAAGGCCCUUUCCAUUUUGAUUUUAAUUUUCCUGGGAAUAAUUUCAGCCUAGAAUCAUAUAACCACACUUUUUGUCCAACAUCAAAUUUUUUUCUACUAAUGUAUUUAUCAUAAAAAGUUUUAGUUUUUUCUUUAUAUAUUCUAUGAUUUUCAUAAGCUUCAUUCCUCAACUCCUCUAGUUCAUGUAGCUGAAAAAUUCUAUGCCCACCAACUGAUUUUUCAUCCAUACAUAAAAUUUUUAUAGCCCCUAAUGCUUUAUGCUCUAUUUCCACAGGAAGAUGACAUGGCUUUCCAAAAAUGAGACGAAAUGGGGACAUACCUAUGGGAUUUUUAUAAGCUGUUCUAUAAGCCCAUAAUACAUCUUGUAAUUUCGUGGGUCAAUCGUUCUUAUCUGGUCUAACUAUUUUUCUCAAAAUUCUCUAAAUUUCCCUAUUUGCUACUUUAGCUUGCCCAUUUGUUUGGGGAUGAUAUAGAGUGGCUACUCUAUGGUGUACUCUAUUCUUUUUCAACAGUUCCCUGAAAUGUUUAUUUGUAAAAUGUGUUCCUCCAUCACUAAUAAUCACUCUAGGACAUCCAAAUCUCGAAAAAAUAUUUUCCUGCACAAAUUUCAUCACGAUUUUAUGAUCAUUAGUUCUAGUAGAAAUAGCUUCCACCCACUUCGACACAUAAUCAACAACAAGCAAAAUAUAUUCAUAUUUUUCAGCUGAUGGGAAGGGACCCAUGAAAUCUAUUCCCCAUACAUCAAAAAUUUCGACUACUAACAUGUUACUCAUGGGCAUUUCAUCUUUUUUACUCAUGUUACCUAUAGAUUGGCAUGAAAUACAUGUUCUACUAAAUUCUAUAGAAUCUCUAAUGAUUGUAGGCCAAUAAAAACCACACUGAAAAAUUUUUGCAGCUGUUUUUCGUCUAGAGAAAUGUCCUCCACAGUUAGAUGAAUGGCACAUGUUAAUAAUGCUAUGGUAUUCUUCUUUAGGAACACAUCUCCUUAAAAUUUGAUCAUUGUCCAAGUAAUAUAAAUCAAGAUCAUGCCAAAAAUAAUUUCUAAUCUUAGAAAAGAAAUGAUAUUUUCUGUUCUUAUUCCACUGUUCUGGAAUUUUUCUAGAAACCAGAAAAUUAACAAUAUGUGCAUACCAUGGUGAUGGUUGAUGUUGAGCUGCCAUCAAUUGUUCAUCUGGAAAUGAGUCUUGUAAAGGUGCUGCAUUUAUUCCUGUAUCACUUAAUCUAGAAAGAUGGUCAGCAACAGCAUUCUCGAAACCUUUUUUAUCUUUUAUUUCUAAGUCAAAUUCCUACAAUAAAAUCCAUCUUAAUAAACGUGGCUUUGCAUCUUUCUUAUUUAACAGAUAUUUUAAUGGUGCAUGAUCAGUAUAAAUAAUAAUUUUAGCUCCCAAAAUAUAUGAUCUAAACCUUUCUAACAAAAAUACUACAGCUAACAACUCUUUUUCAGUCGUGGUAUAAUUUAAUUGAGCAUCGGAUAUAGUUUUACUAGCAUAUGAAAUUACUAUGGGUUUUGACUUUUUUAUUUGUCCUAGAAUGGCCCCCACUGCAUAAUUCGAUGCAUCACACAUUAUUUCAAAGGGAAGGGACCAAUCAGGAGCUUGUAAAAUGGGUGCCUCAGUAAGUAAUCUUUUUAUUUCGGAAAAAGACUCAAAAAAUUUCUCAUCAAAAUUAAAAGGCACAUCUUUAGAUAAUAGCAUGGUGAGAGGUUUAGAAAUUUUCGAAAAAUCUUGAAUAAAUUUUCUGUAAUAACCUGCAUGACCCAAGAAAGAUCUAAUCUGUUUUACUGAAUUUGGAGGUUUCAUUUUAGAUAUAAUAUCAAUUUUUGCUCUAUCCACCUGUAAACCCCUUUCACUCACAAUAUGACCCAACACAACUCCCUCUCUAACCAUAAAAUGUGAUUUCUCUCAACUCAAAACUAAUUUUUUGUCUAUGCAUUUCUCAAGUACAUGCUAUAAAUGAUUUAAGCAUUCAUCAAAUGAUUCACCAAAAAUAGAAAAAUCGUCCAUAAAAAUUUCCAUACAUUUUCCAAUCAUAUCAGAAAAAAUAGACAGCAUACAUCUUUGAAAUGUGGCUGGAGCAUUACACAGACCAAAAGACAUGUGUUUAAAAGAAAAAGUACCAAAUGGGCAAGUGAAAGUUAUUUUUUCUUGAUCUAAAGGGUUUAUAUAAAUUUGAUUAUAACCAGAGUAUCCAUCUAGAAAACAAAAAAAGUUUUUUCUAGCUAAUUUUUCUAGAAUUUGAUUAGUAAAUGGUAGGGGAAAAUGAUCUUUUCUAGUAACUGAAUUUAAUUUUCUAUAAUCAAUGAAAACCCUCCAACCGGUAGUUAAUCUUGUUUGUAUUUCAUCCCCAUUUUCGUUUUUUAUAAUCAUGAUCCCUGAUUUUUUUGGCAUCACUUGUGUAGGACUAACCCAUUUGCUAUCUGAAAUAGGAUAAAUAAUAUCAGCAGCCAGCCACUUUAAAAUUUCUUUUUUUACAAUUUCCAUCAUGUUAGGAUUUAAUCUUCGUUGUGGUUCCCUGCUAGUUCUAGCCCCUUCCUCUAGAUAUAUACUAUGCAUGCAUACACUCAUAUCAAUGCCCCUUAGAUCGUCCAUUUUCCAACCCAUAGCCUUCUUAUUUUUUCGAAGUACAUCUAAUAAUUCUUCUUCCUGUUCAUCACUCAAAUCAGCUGCAAUAAUAAUAGGAAAUGAAUUAUUUUCCUCCAAAAACAUAUGUUUUAAACUAGAGGGAAGAGGUUUCAACUCUAAAUUCAGAUGAUCUUCCUCUUUCUUUUCUGCCAAAUUUAUAUUCUCUAUUUCUUCUAAUUCUUCCAGCACACAGUCAUCAAUAACAUCUGGAUCAUCAAAAUCAUCUAGAAGAUCUAUGGUAUGACAAUCAUAUACUUGGGAUUUCUUAAGAUCAUUUGAUACCUCAAAAAUUUUAAUUUCUACUGAUUGAUCUCCACAUGAAAUUUUCGCAAUACCUAUGGGAAAAUCAAUAUUUAUCUUUGCUGUAUGCAAAAAUGGUCUCCCUAGGAUGAUUGGCGUAUCAUAAAACUGUCCAUUAAAAUCUAUUUCCAACACUACAAAAUCAGUUGAAAAUUUACACCAUUUAACUGUCACUAUCACAUUUUCUCAAAUACCUUUAGGAUGUUUUAUGGAUCUAUCAGCAAAUUGUAAGGUAACAGUAGAAGGUUUAAGAUCAAAAAUAUUAAAUUUAUCACAAAUACUUGCAGGUAAUAAAUUAAUACUAGCACCGGUGUCAAGUAAUGUAUUCUGAAAAAUGAAUCCACCAAUAUCACACGAAAUUAAAGGGGCACCUGUAUCUCUCAAUUUAUAUGGUAAUUGAUUUAAUAAUAAUGCAAUAGCAUGCAUAGAUAAUUUUUCUACUCUAGGUGCCCUUUUUGGUGUACACAUUUCUUUCAAAACUCUAGCAUAUUCAGGAAUAUGUUCAAUGGCAGUGAGUAAAGGAAGACUAAUUUGCACAUCUUGUAAAUUUUUCUUUAUUUCUUCAUUGUGUUCCUUUUUCUUUCUUUGUCUAGGCUCUAGAGCUUUAGAAAAUAGAAUGGUCGUCCUCUCUUUCGAAAUUUCCUUGGUAGAAUCUAUAAAAUCCUCUUCUACUCCUAUUUGAUUUUGUUUUGUUUUGUCCACGUUUUUUUUUUCUUCUAAUGUUUGGGGAUAAGGAUCAAGUAAGAUCUUACCACUCCUUAAUGCAUUCACUGUCCUAAAAUUUUCAUUUUGUGGGUUUUUUCCUAGAUUCAUGCUACUAGACUCCCCUUGCUGAAAUCUUAUUGUUGGGCGGUUCCCUGGAUUUUCUAUGGGCUGACUAGGUAGCUGUCCCUCUUCUCUCUUAUUCCCAAGAGCCUCUAUAAUUUGUUUCUGGUGCAACAUCAUUUGAUUCAUAGUUUGUUGCAUCAUUUGGCUCAUUUUCUGCAUCAUUUCUAUAGCAUCAGGUUGGAUUUGAGAGGGCUGAUUUUUCUGAAAUCUGUUUUCUUAUUUUAGACGAAAUUCAGAGUUUGAAUUGGGUCUAAGUGCUUCUAGAUUUUGAAUAUUAUUUGGGUCUCUCCAUGAAAAAUUAUUCCUCCAAUUAGGAUUAUAAGAAUUUGAAAAAGGUUCCCUAUUUCUAUUAAAACCGUGAGCUACUUGCACUUGUUCUUGCAUAGGGUGAAAUGAUUGAUCUAAAUUAUAAUAUUAAAAUUCAGAAUAAUCAUUUUCAUCAUACAUAGGACAUGUACUAUUCAAAUUAAGUUGAGGGUUAAAAAGCUUUCUAAUAUUGUCAAUAAGUAAAUCAUUUUUUUCUAAUAUUUGAUUAAUCUGAUUAACCUCAUUUCUAAGUUUAGAAUCAUCAUCAUGAUGCAAUUCAUAAAUUCCUCUCUUCUUAUCAAGAGUUUUCUCCAUAAAAGCUCCUCCACAUAUAGAAUCAACCAUAUUUCUAUGUUGUUCUAAUAAUCCAUCAUAAAAAACUCUAUUGAGCUGUCACUUGGGUAUAGCAUGAUGAUGACACUUUCUAAGUAAAUCUUUGAAUUUUUCCCAUGUCUCAUGCAAAGUUUCUCCUGGUCUUUGAGAAAAACUCCAUAUAUGUUUUCUCAUAUUUUGAGUUUUUCCUAAGGGAUAAAAUUUUCGAAGAAAGGCCUGUUCUAUAUCUUUCCAGCUAGUUAAUUCUCUAUCUAACGUGGAUAGCCAAUGGCUAGCUUUGUCCCUACGUGUAUGAGGGAAUAAUUUCAUCAUAAUAAUUUCCAGUGUAACUUGAGGGAGAUUAACUAAAUCACAGACCUUAUGAAAUUUUUCUAAUUGCUGAUGAGGCUCCUCUAAAGGCAAUCCAUGAAAAUUAAGGAGCAUUUGAAAAAUUCCUAGAUUUAUUUCGAAUUUAACAGUGGGUGCUAAUGGGAUUCUAAUAUUUGAUGCUCUUUGAAAUGAAUCAGGGAUAUAAUGAUUUUUCAUGGCCAUAGGAUUGUUCUCAGUUUGACCUGUACUUCCUUCAGGAUACAUCAAAAUUAAUUUUUCUUUCGGAUUUUUAGUCUUGAAUGAAAUAAUGAAAGGAUUUUUCUAGCCUUGGAUGCAAGAAUCUUCUAUCAUGCAUAAAAAAAUUAAUAAAUUCGAGGGAAAAGUUUAGGAAUUGUUACCCUCCUUCAGUAUGCUCCAGUCCUUGCCUUGUUUCUUUUCGUUCCCUUUUUUUUAAAAAAAAUUCGGCAAGAAGAAAAUGAAAUAAGAGUUUUUUUUUGGUGUACUCUAAGAGAAAAAUAGAAAAAUACUAAAUAUUAUGCAAUACAUCCCCGACAACGGUGCCAAAAUUAUAUGUGACUCAGCCGUUGUAUAUUAAAUCAUGCAAAUAUAAAAUUUAUAAAACUAGAAAAUACGAACUUUCGGAUAUUUAGAAGUAUUUUUGAACAAAUAUAUUAAUUAUAAUUCAAUAAAACUUCCAAAAAUAGCGGUAAUUUUCCAAGUCGAUCACAGUGAUGUAAUAUAAUAUCUAGUAAUUAUUCAGAAUUUUUCUCAAUGAAUAUGAUUUUCUAUAAAUUUUAUAUUAGGAAAUCAAAAGGAAAUAUAUUUAAAGUUCACGAAAAAGGGAAAUAAGGAUGCGGACGUCAAGAUGACGUCAGUGCCCGGCGAAUGCGAAUCAGGCAAAAAUAGAGUUCCGCCCGACGAUUCUUACGUAAGCGAUUACAGACGAUUUAAUUAAUCAAAUUAAGAUAUGUAAAAGUUAGAAGAAUCAUAAGAGAAAAGUAUAUUUUGGUAAAUUAAAAUCACAAAAAAUAUCACUAAAUGAAGCGUAAAGUAAGUUGAAAGUAGGAAAAUAGAGUUUCGGCGUCGCGACGGCGAUGCGUCGGCGAUGUAUCGGAAUCCUGAGCAUUCGGCAGGAUCAUCGUGCAGUGUCCACGCCCUCGAAGGCUCUCUUUGGGCAAAGACGAUGUGGGCAAUCUCUAGAUCUUCUCGCGAAGUCUAGAGAUUAAUGAAAUGGGUCGUCGAGUUGUCUCCAGCGGCUGUCACUCGGCAGAGCAGAAAAACGGCGACUUUGUGGCUCUCCGGCGGUUGUCACCCGACGGAGAGGAGCUGGAUGGAGGUGGGGCGCGUGUCAAGGAGCUUCAUCCUCAGGUCCGCGCAGCAAGAGGAGGCUCUUCAUCGCAUCUGA